AUGGUCGACGCUCCUGAAAGUCCCCGGCCGCAGCAGCAAACUCCGAGAACUUCCUUUACAAAUGGAGUCAGAACCACAGGCCGUGCCUUUCACUCUCCUAACUGGCGUACAAAGUCAGAGGAAAGCCCGAGGGCGCAGUCCCAAGUAGAUGAUGCUGGAUCCCCGGGCCCAAAGACAAACACCUCGAGACUCGCAUUCAGCAGACCAAGCCCUCAUGUGCCACAUGCAAUUGCAGAGGGUCGACGCCUCUACGUGGGUAACAUGCCAUACACGGCCAAAUCCGAAGAUGUGGAGGCAUUGUUUUCCGCGGAAUUCCCAAUUGAGCGUAUCGACAUCGCGAUAGACCCCUUUACUGGCCGCAACCCUUCGUAUUGUUUUGUCGACCUGGAGACCAAGGAGAUGGCCGAGCGGGCGAUGGUUGAGUUGGAUGGUCACGAUAUGCUUGGCCGUCCUGUCAAGAUCAAGCCCGGUGUGGCCAAGUCUUCGAGCGAACGUGCUCAGCAACAGCCAACUGAUGGCUCGCCUCGUCGUGACAAGCCCUCUUCGCCAUUUUCUCUUGACCGCUGGCGCCGAAAUGACGCUCCUAGCUUCGCUAAGACUAACAGCGACUCUAGUCGUCGUGUGUAUGUUGGUGGGCUCCCAAGAUUGACCGACCAAGAAGCGAUCAGCAGUAAUAUGACCAACUUCUUCAAGGAGUAUAAUGUUGAGAAUGUCAGCAAGCUCUUUACUCCUCACCCGGCUAAGCGCUUCGAGGCCGGUGAUCACUAUUACCUCUUUGUCGACUUUAGCAGCGUUGAAGAGGCACAAGCUGCCAUGGAAACGAAAAAUGGCCAGGAGGGCCCUUGGGGUGCAAACAUUCGUGUGCAACGAGCCCGAGGAGAGACCUGGAAGUCUGAGGAAAGAAACAAAUGGCCCUCCACCAAAACAACUGAAAUUUCCACCGACGAGGUCACUGCUGAGGUUUAG